AUGCAUUCGAAUCCAAAUGUAACUAAUGAGGAUUAUUCCGGUCAUUUUUCAGUGAGGAUUGGUACUUUUUUGCAGAGCAUACGCGAGCAACAACGGUCUGUCUCAUACUGUUUUGGUGCACUGGGUGUUGCUGGUGGUGCUUUUUUUGGAGUGAUAUGUGGAAUUUAUGCCGUAUUAUUUGGAGAAGCAAGAUUAAGGCCAUGGGGAUUGCUCCACAAAGCGGCCAAAGACUCAAUAUUACAUAACUUGCAUGCACUUGACCCGACAAAUGUACCGUUUAUAUCGCCAUUAAUAGUCGACGGACCAAAUCAACGCCCUGUUGAGGAACGAACAAGACGUCUCGAAGAGCGCAUCGAGGAAUUAGAAGGAAUAUUAACGGAUUAUUUUAUUGAUGGAAGCUUUAUAACUAAUUUACGGAAACGGCGUGCUGCUACUAUGUCUUUUACACCCUCGGCUACGCUGGAAACAACGAACAUAAUGACGGUUGCUGUGAAUGAUGGUGAUGAUAAACCAACUAAAGACCUCUCUAGCAAAGUGGCGGGUGAAGAUGAGAUAAGGAUGAAAAUCGGUAAAGUAGAAUGA